GUGACCUCCACAGCCCAACCUGAAUCGCAUUAUACGAUCUGCGUAACAACAUGGAAGACGAUUUGUUCGGGGACUUGCUGGGCGGUCCCAAGCCAAAGCCCUCGAAUCUGACAUCUCCAACCGGAACAGCAUCCAAAGAUGGCCACGCCGGAAAAGCCAAGACUUCUGCAGCGUCGGCAAACGGGGCUGACGAGGAGGCCAGCGGUUCUGGUGCAGCGACUCGCUCGGAGAAUGCCGAGAAAGUGACACUCUCGGCAGACGACCUCGCUGCGCUCGUGGAUAAGGGCGUGCAUGCUGCCAUGGAGGCGACGUUUAGCAAGUUUGUGCGAAGCCUGCGAACGGUGCUGGAGGAUAUGACUCGUCGCGUCUCCGCGCAAGAUGUGACGCUCGCGGAGCUUCGCCACAGCGUCGACGAGCUGCGCGACACGGUUGCGGCGCAGCCAGCGGACCUGCACAUCCGGUUCAGCAACUUGGACACGGCGUUUAAGGAGGUGGAGCGGAACGUGCAGGGCAUCCGCGACAAGCUGGAGCUGCAGGAGGCCCAGGCGCUGCUGGCUCAGAUGUCGUCGGACGUCCGCGCCAAGGGCAGCAGCACCAGCUCCGCAGGCGCCGCACCGGCUGCUGCCGCGGCGCCGGAGGCGGCUGCCGCGCCGGCCGCGGCGUCUGCGCCGGCGCCCGCGCCCGCCGCUGCUGCACCGGCCGCUGCGCCUGUCGCGCCCGCUCCCGCCGCGGCGCCUGCGCCUGCGCCCGUUGCGCAGCAGGCGCCGGUGGCGCCACAAGCGCCCAUGCCGGCGCCUGUGACGCAGCAGGCGCCCGCUGUGGGCGCGCCCAUGCCCGGAAUGCAGUACGGCGCGCCGCAGCAGCAGCAGGCGCCGCAGCUGCAGCAGCAGCAGCAGCAGCAGCAGCAGCCCCAACAGCAGCAGCAGCAGCUGCCGCCGCACAUGCAGCCCUACGGCGCGCCCGCGCCGGCGCCUGGCAUGCCUGGCGCGCCGCCGCUGCCCAUGCAGCCCCAGCAGCUGCAGCUGCAGCAGCAGCCGAGCAUGGAGGCCAAGCCGGUGAUGCAGCAGCCCCAGCAGCAGCAGCAGCAGCCACAGCAGCAGCCGUACGGGGCUCCGGGCUACCCACAGUACCAGCAGCAGCCACAGCAGAUGCCGCCGCCAGGGGUUCCGGACCAGGGGCACUACGGCGCACCGGCGGCGCUGCCGGGCCCCGCGCCUGGCGGCUACCCGGCCGGGCCGUACGGCGGCAUGCCGCCACAGGAGGCGCCGCGCGCACCCGUGAUGCCGCAACAGCACAUGGCGCCGCCGCACAUGGGUGUGCCGCCGCCCGCUGCCGCUCCGCGGAUGGACCACCCGCCGCCGGGCGCGCCGCCGCCACCCGGCAUGGCCUACCCCGCGCCGCCCGCCAUGCAUGCCUACCCGCCGCCGCCGGCCGUGCCCUCCUACGGGCGGCCGCAGGCGGCGCCGCCGCCCACCUACCGCUCACCGAUGCCAGGCCCCGGCCCCGUGUCGGCACCGCCCGGCCCGCCCGGCGGCGCCCCCGGCGGCCCCCCCGGCACCGCCAGCCGCACCGUGCCGCUGGACCAGAUCAUCGCCGACAUCGCGCAGAUGGGCUUCAGCCGCGGCGACGUCCUCAACGCCGUCAACAACCUGCAGAUGUCUGGCAAGGCGUUGGACCUGAACACCAUCAUUGACAAGCUCACGCGGGGGUGAGCGAGCAAAGCUGCGGUGCGAGCAGCGUAUUGGGGAGGAGGGUGGCCGACUACAUGUCCGUGCCAGACGGCGGCUGGGGGACGCCGUGGACCGGUGGCUUGAUCGCAAGAAAUACGAACCGUGCGGCCGGCGCGGGGCUGAGGCAAAAGCCCAACGCGUGGUGCAGGCAUUGCGAGCAGGCUGUUUGGGUGUUGGAGGGCUUUGGUGCGUAUGGGUGGGCUGCGUGUGGGCGGUGGCGCGUGUGUGCUGAGGUCGCGUGUCGUCGGUGUUCACCGCACACAUGGGUACAGCGCCUCAAGGCAGGCAGGCAGGAGACGGAGAGUGCAGGUGCAAGUGGAGAUGAAGCGGCGGACGAAACGACUGAAUUGCGGUUCUCAGGCGGUGGCGUUUGGCGUGCUGCAGCGGCAUCGUAUGCGCAUCGUGUAAAGGCAGCAAGCUGGGCAUGGGUUGCUGAGCAGGCCGAGCUAGGAGUCUCGCAGGCAUUGGUACAGCGGUUAGGUUACUACGGGGUUGCGACGUGGAGGCGCAGUGUUACGGAGGUUUGCGAUGCACAGGCGGCAAUGUGCCAAGCGAGGCAGUCCUGGACUAUGUGGACGGGAGCGGAUUCCGGAGCGCUAUGCAUGGCACCAAGCAGGAUGAGUAACAGGCUGUCUGCAAUCCGCCAGGGGCGCCCUCUAUAUUGUUACCCUCAGAGCUUGCAUGCUUUGGGGCUCAGCCCAUUUUCCAGCUGUACAAAGCUGACACGCCUUGUCCGUAAGCCCCA